AACUCUAGACUCGAGGGUGCCUGAUGCUAAAAUAUCCAUCGCCUCACAAGUUCAACCACAGCUUCAUUUUGGCGUGGUCUCGUGUCAUCGCGUGGAUGAUUACGUGUGGAUGACUGACGCUGUCAUGUUUCAACCCAAACUCCGGCCCAUUCAUUAAUUAGCACGUCAAGUCUUCUCCUCAUCUCUAUCCACAUGUUCAUCCACUCCAGGCACCUGUUCAUCAACCCUCCUUCCAAAGACAUGGCCACACAUACGUGAAAACGAGACCUGCGAAAAGUCGGGCGACAAUCCCGGAGUUCCCUUCGUAAGAGCGUACGUCUAGAAAGGAUGUCAUCUCCCCAAGACGGAACUGCAUCAAAAGACAGGAAUAUCAAAUCGAAGCAGCUUCCCUCACCCACCAGCAACACUCCCGACCAAAAGGUACUCCAUUCUUGCUCCGAUACACUACAAUAAUAACUCAAAUGAAGUCUCUACCGGCUAAGGAUCGAAAACGCAAACGAAUACAAGAAAACGAAGGCACCCCCUCUUCUACCAUUGCUCCAUCUCAAAAACGUUUACGAACAUCCCGCUCAGGAUCUCCUUUCGAAUAUAAAAUCCCCGAAACCAUAGCGGUUCAUAUUAGCGAUGAAGACAUCGAUCCACUUGAAUACUAGAGAAGAGCAUUCGGCUAGCCAAAGAAAUAUUUUGAACGGGAGGGAAACAUGAAUCUACUUGUCAGAAAGAAGUCUUCUUCAUCUUUUCAUAGCAAACCAUCGGAAUUUGGCUAUUCCGCUGCAAUUAGCUUUACCACUCCUAGCGAUCAAAAGCCGAGGGAACUCAAAAGUGCCUCGUAUCUACGUUCGAGUUAUGAGACAUUACUUUCCACUAAAGGUAGCUUCAUGGACCAGUCCGAUCUAGGCAUUACAAAUACAAGCAAAACACUUUGUCGAACCUUACUUGAGUCAGAACAGGCCAUCCCUGAAAAUACGUUGUUUCGUGACGACCUUUUCGAAGAAACUUGCAGAAGUAUACAAGCGAGAAAUGAACCAAUGCUUGUUCGAGACAUUGCCCCUUUAUUAUCUCCAUCUGCUCAAGUUCUAAGAAUCUACGGUGCGAAACAUCUCAAGGUUUUAAAUAAGAGUGUCAACGAAGGUUGGAAUAGAACUAUACCUUUCGCCGGCCCUCGUCCACAACCGGAUUACUCUGUGGGGUUUGGACGAUCUGCAUUUACAGAAGAUCAAUUGAGAAAGCUUGAACCUUUUGUUGCGGGUGUUAUGGAUAGCUGUACCUCCUAUUUUAUGGGUACUUGGCGAAUGUACUUUCCGUUCUUUACAUCAGAAGCAAAAUGCGGUACUGCAGCUCUCGAUAUUGCCGAUCGUCAAAAUGCUCAUAGUAUGACAAUUGCAGUAAGAGCGAUAGUAGAGCUUUUCAGAUUCGUAAAACGAGGAAAGGAACUUCAUCAAGAAAUACUAGCAUUUUCAAUGUCGCACGAUCAUCGAGGCGUGAGGAUUUAUGGUCACUAUCCUGUGAUUGAUGAUAAGAAAAUUACUUUCCAUCGUCAUAUGAUCCGCACAUUUGAUUUUACAGAGCUAGAUGGUAAAGAGAAAUGGACAGCAUACAAUUUACAAGGAAUGUCUACGAUAUCUGGAUGCCGACCCAUCUGGAAAGAAUUCGUUCCGCUAUCAAUGACUUACCCGAUCUAAAUUUUGAGGUCUUGCAGCCAUUCGAACUGGGGGAAGCUGGACUUCCACAAGGGUUGGAAAUUAACAAUCUCUUUGAGCAAACAGGUGAUGGUGCUGCUUCAAAAGAAGCUGACAGUCAGGCAAGUCGCAUCGGUUCGGGACAGGUUAGUCCUAACACCCCACUCUCUCAGGGGAUUGUAGAGGGAGUAUUUAAAAGGCCAAAGAAAAGGGGUCUACCAUAGAUAGACAUGCUAGGAAAUAGCUUGGGAAUGCCUUCGGAUGGCUUGAGUGGAUAUGGCGAUUGAGGUGGAUGAAAUGGUGCUUGGUGAUGUGGGCAGUUGCUCGGGAAUUACGGUAUAAGUGUUGUGCUUAUAGAUGGCGAUGGCAGUCCACUAUAAGAUGUGAAUCUGGGAGAUGUGAGAUCUCGGUAAGGGCUUUUGUUAGUAUGGAAUACUAGGUAGCAUAUGACUGUGAUGAUACUGGAAUAAUUAAAUACUCUAUUUCUGCUUCAAAGAAAGUUCUUUCGCGA